AUGGCUCUCAGGUUGCAGGUAAUUGGUGCCAUAAAGUGUUAUACCUUGUUGUCUGUUGCAGCGUUGUUGGAUUCGUUGUUAGGGGCCGACCGUAAUGAGCUUCCGAGUGCUGCGGGUGUGAAGAGACGGAGUUUUGCAGACCCGGAUGUGUGCAAGUACUACUUGGUUGAUUUUUGCCCACAUGAUUUGUUCCCGAACACACGAUCGCAUCUGGGUCCAUGUCCUAGAGUGCAUGACGAGGCAAUGAAGGAGGAAUAUAAACGGAGUGCAGAUAAGGAAAGGUAUGCAGUAGAGUUUGAAGAAGAGAUGCUGGCAUUCCUAAAGCAGCUAGUAUCUUCGGCGGAACAGAAAAUUCAAAAGGCCAACCGACGUAUCGACGCUCCUCUUCCCGAGAAUGCGCUGCUCAGUGACGAACAACAACAACUCAUCAAUGCCAUGAACGAUAAAAUCACCAACUUGCUCAAGGACGCGGAAAUUGCUGGCGAAAAAGGCGAUGUGGAAGAAGUUGCUUCCAUCACUCGUCAAGUACAAACGCUCAAAAGAGAAAUUGAACGAGCCGGCUCUCUCGUCUACGGCAGCUACAUGCAGAGGGAAAAGUCCCUCAGAGUCUGCUCUAUAUGCGGCGCCAUGCAGUCCGUUGGAGAUUCCAUGAGCCGAUUUGAAAGCCACGUCACCGGCAAACUCCAUCUCUUGCAUGGAGGACUUGCUCCGGCGGAAGGCGGAGCGGGAGGAGUCCCGACGAUCACGGCGGACGAGCAGCAGCGACGUAUCGCGACCGUCUCUCGACGAGAACCGGAGGCGGCGUUACGACGCGCCGCGGCCGGCAUCGUACCGGGGGCCGUCGGAAACGCGAACGUGAGUUUGGCCGAGAUGGGCGGAACGAGCAUGGCCGCUCGGAUUACAGCCGGGGUGAGCGCACAAAUGACUACGCCCGGGGCAGGUACUCUUACGGCGAAGGACGCAGCAACCAAGGGCGAGACGGCGAAGGGCGAGACGGCCCCGGACGGGAGGGCCCCGGACGGAGCGUAG